CGAAGCCUGGAAGCACCACAAGACAGUGCUGAAACAAUUCCUCACAGACUUCACCUCUGAGACCUCCAUGUCCCUGGCCUUGUACACGGUUCUUCAGAAACCCAUCCGAGAUCACGUUGAGCAGUACAUACUGCUCCUGACCAAGCUGAAUGAGGUCCUCAAAGAGGGCUCUGAAAAGGACGUGGUUACCAGUGCCAUCAAGGAGUAUUUGAAGCUGGAGUCCUUCAUCAGCCAAGUCCUGGAUGAAGCUUGUUUGACCAAGUCCUUGUGGAAAUCCUUGGGCUACAAAUUCACAGACAUACUCUGUGUCCCUGAAAGGAGGCUGCUGGAAGACAGCAAAAACCUUCCCAUCUCUGCCAGCACGAAUCGAUCAGACAGGGUCUUGCUCUUUGAUGAUGUCCUUGUGCUAAUUCAGGGGAACAGCUUCCAGAGUUUUGACCUGAAGCUUGUGUGGGUAGAUGAAGACACCAAGGAGAAAUCAGCUCCAGGAUUGUACCGACUCCGCAUUAUAACCCCAGAAGAAACGUUCUUCCUCUCUGCCAAAGACCCACAGAUGAAGGCUGUUUGGCAGUGGAAGCUGAACCAGGCUGUGCGCCAGGCGCUCAACGGGAAGCGAGAUUUCCCCUUGUGGGGCAAGACUGGAGAGGGCAGCGAGCCCCCGUCCUGCCGCUUCUUCACCUACUGCUUCAGGCUGGAGGGCAAGCUCAAGAGCGCUUCCUACGAGGGCGAGUGGCACUGGGGAAAGCCACAUGGCAAGGGGACGCUGAAGUGGCGCGAUGGACGCAACCACGUUGGAGAUUUCAGAGAGGGCUUGGAGCACGGGUUUGGGAUAUGCCUCGUCCCACGCCAGGCUGAAGACCGCUAUGACUGCUACAAGUGCCACUGGUACGAGGGCAAGAUGAGAGGCUAUGGAAUCUGUGAGUAUGGGAACGAUAUGGUCUACAAAGGUUACUUCAAAGACAACAUGCGUCAAGGGUUUGGGAUACUGGAGAACCUCUCAGCUGAGCACCCCUUUAAAUACACAGGACAGUGGGAAAACGAUAAGAAGAAUGGCUAUGGAGUGUGGGAAGACAAAGACAGAGGGGAGAGGUACAUAGGGACGUGGCUGGAUGACCACAAGCAUGGACAAGGCAUUGUAGUAACCCAGUCGGGUGUUUGCUAUCAAAGGACAUUUCAUGCUGAUAAAAUGGUGGGUUCUGGGAUUCUGCUCUUGGAAGAUGACUCUGUCUACGAAGGGAACUUCACAGAAGAUCUAAAAUUUGUUGGAAAGGGAAAGUUGUCCUUUGCCAAUGGUUUCAUUCUGGAGGGAACCUUUACUAAUAAGCUGGGCCAAGGCCUUCAGACGCACGGCAUCCUGAACACGUCCCACGAGCAGCUGGAUGACUGGAUAACCAAAGCUCAGCUUGGCCUCAAGGAGUUCCCAGUGGAGAAGAGAUGGAAGGGAAUCUAUGACCAGUUCCUGGAGUUCAUCCAUUCUGGCUGCAAAGAAGGAAUGGAGGAGUCUUUCACUGGGUUCCACAUACAAACGAGCAAGGAGCUGAGGAAAUCUCAGGAGUACCUCUUCUGCCAACGGGGGGCUGAGGAUGUCUCCUGGAAGAUAGAAGAUAUUCUUGAAGAGCUUGUCCACCACCAGGAGCUGGAGUCACUGCAGGGUUAUUUAGAGAAGGCGUUGAAGUCUUCCCUGCAUCCACUGGGAAAGCUGCUGAAGGCCUUGACAAUAGCUUUUCAGGCAACCUACUCUGGGAUUGGGGCCAACAGACACUUGCUGACUAUGGCACAAGAGGAAGUCAAGUACUACGCCAAGAAAAUAUGGGAGUUUUACCAGGGUUUGCUCCAUCUGGCACUGGAGCAGAAAGGCCAACUGCCUGCCAAGGGUGUGGAUGGAGAUACAAGUGACCAGAAGGCCUACAGUGUGGUCCUGCCACUGAUCCUGCCCUGCUUCUACCCCGAGCUCUUCAUGCUCUACAUGCUCUAUCAUGAAAGAGAAGAUGAUCUCUACUGCCAAGGGAUCGUGGACCUGAGCCUGUUUCCUGACAUCAAGCUGCUGGAGUUUCUGGAUGUGCAGAAACACCUCUGGCCUCUGAAAGAUCUCACCUUGACAACCAACCAGAGGCGGUCCCUUAUCAAGGACAAGUGUUUCCUCUCUGCCACGGAGUGCUUGCAGAAGCUGAUGUAA